AUGCGAAACUUACCUGCUCUAGUUCGCGAGAAAUUUAAAGCAGCUCAAGCUGCUGGCGAUAUCUCCUAUUUUCAGACUCAAUUGGCUAUUUUGCAUUGCAAUUCGCUGCCGUUUCAAUUACGAUAUUCCCCAGCGUUGGCAAAUAAACCAAAGGCCGACAAGCUCAAAGAUACCCCUCAGAAGCCAUUCAAUCCAUUUCUAAAACCGUCCUCGUCGUUGCUUGUAACAGAGUUUGGGUCGUACAACCUCGUACUUAAUAAAUUUCCAGUCAUACCGGAUCAUUUCAUUCUUUCAACAAAGGAGUUCAAAGAACAGACACACUUGUUGGAGGAGGGGGAUCUUGAGGCAGCAUAUAAUUGUCUGGAAUCAUACCAUGCGGAAGGGGAAGAAUUGUUUGGGUUCUUCAAUUCAGGCGAACACUCGGGAGCAUCGCAACCCCAUAGACACAUCCAAUUCCUUCCAGUCGAAUCGAUGAGAACGGGAUUAGAGAAAGAUUUGCAAUGGUCUCCAUUGGUCGACCGUCUCGUUAAAACAACCGCGCCAGAGCUCCCAUUCACAUACUUCGCCGCGUCUUUCACCAGCAAUGUUCAGCCGUCAGAUUUGCAUGCAACCUACUUGAAAUUGCAUCAGAAAGCUUGCCAGCUGAUGAAAACUACACCUUGUAAAGAUCGCAAGGAAGCGUCGCCUAUCAGCUAUAAUUUGGGAAUCACCAAUAAAUCUAUGGUGUUAUGUCCACGAACAUCGGAAGGUCUUGAGAUCAUGGAUACUGAUGGCAAAAUCGUCGGAUCUGUUGCAUUAAACGGCACUCUUCUAGCAGGUACACUAUUAGUUAAAAGUGAGAUUGAAUGGGAUGCUAUUCGUAGGGACGAGGGAAUACUCGUUAAUGUUCUCAAGGCAAUAGGAGUACCUCCGCACAAUACAGUUGAUUCCCAACACACAAAUUUUGGUACUUUCGAUAAACCAUUAGACGGAAAGAUAUAA